UGUGCUACCUCAACCUACCAGUUAUACCUGAUGAGGAAAUUCAUUGCAUUGAGGAUGUAUUUCUUUAUUCUUUGCCUCUUAGUUGCAUUGGUAAAUUGUACCAAACACAUAAAUUCAGCCAUUUUAUCUAACAUUUCCUGCAAGUUGUCUAUUAACUGCAGCAUCUUGCCUCUAAACACUGGAAAGUUGAUGCUAAAACCAAGAGCUAAAACACUUUUCAGACUAAGACUGUAAGCUGAUCUAUGCCAUUUUGCCGCUGAUAAUUUCCUUUCAAAUUGUGUGCAUAAAAUUGUGAUAGAUUAGGUCAGUACCUACUACGUGCCUACUACAAUGUACAAGGUGUUAAUAAAUUUAAGAAAGCAAUGACCACCAUGGUAUCAGAAACAAAGAAAUUCAAGAAAGCUGUGCAUAAAAUUGGCACACACAAUGGCACAUUUCAUUGUGAUGAAGUACUGGCAGUCUCUAUGCUGAAAAUGCUACCAGAAUGUCAAGAUGCUGAAAUCGUCAGAUCUCGUGAUGAGGAUGUGCUGAAGGAAUGUGACAUUGUCGUGGACGUUGGCGCCGUCUACGAUCCCGACAACCACAGAUACGACCACCACCAAAAGUCGUUCACAGAGACGAUGCAGUCGGUGUCGGGCGGCCGGAAGCCGUGGACCACGCGGCUCAGCUCGGCCGGACUCGUGUACCACCAUUUCGGCCGCGACGUGCUGGCCGCGCGGCUGGGCGACGCGCCGGCCGACACCCGCGAGGUGCUCUACGACCGGCUCUAUCAGACGUUCGUCGAGGAGAUCGACGCCGUCGACAACGGCAUCAACCAGUACGACGGCACGCCACGGUACCAGGUGACGUCGACGAUCGGGGCGCGCGUGUCGCGGCUGAACCCGGCCUGGAACGACCCGGAGCCGGACGAGCGGGGCCGCUUCGAGCGGGCCGUGGCGCUGGUGACGGCCGAGUUCGGCGAGGCGCUGCGCCGUCUGCACACCGUCUGGCUGCCGGCCCGCCAGCUGGUGGAGGCGGCGCUGCGCGACCGGCACCGGGUGCAUCCGAGCGGUCUGAUCGCCGAGCUGCCGGCCGGCGGGGCGCCCUGGAAGGACCACCUGUUCACGCUGGAGCAGCAGCUAGAGCCGCCGGCGCAGGUCAUGUUCAUGCUCUACACCGACCAGAACGGCAACUGGCGCGUGCAGACCGUGCCGCCCUUCGUCGGAUCGUUCGACAUGAGGGUACCCUUGAAGAAAAGCUGGCGUGGAUUGCGAGAUGACGAGCUUUCGAAGGAGUCUGGCAUCUCCGGCUGCGUCUUCGUGCACGCCUCUGGCUUCAUAGGCGGCGCGAAAAGCAGGGAAAGUGUUUUGGAGAUGGCGCUGCAAUCGCUCAGAGAGGCUGACAAGCUGUGAUGCUACCUGCAAGCAACGUGAUCUCGCAUGCUCCGGGCCGAAUAUAUGUCUUUUGUUUUUA